GACGUGUAGGUACGCAACGAAGCCGUUAAAAAUGCCACGUACUGACGCGUACGACGGCGUUUCGCAGCGUUUCCACGGAGUUUACGCUAUAUAAAUGCGCUGUCUCGGGAGGAAUAGCGUUGACAGCGCAUUAAUUCAAUAUCGCGUACAACGUUGAUGCGCGAUGACGCGCGUUUUUGUUAGCGCUAUCAUCUGGCCACGUGAACUGAGUCUGAGUGUGGUGUGCGCUAAUAGCGCGCUAAUAACCCUAUUCUCGGACACGUGCCCUACAACAUUUGUGUAGUCUGCUACACAGUACACAAUUUACAUACAGAGUAUAGAUUGUAAAAAGGAGAAAAAAGGAGAGAAGUCCUCUCUUUCCCUCCCUUCCUCUGAAUUGUCUCGCUCGCAUGUUUUAACAUGAUCAUAAAUUGUCACUUUCACCUGCCGCCUGCCUCGGUCUGCCGGCCGAGAAGCGGCUAAUCGUCGGGUUUAGUCUUCGAAUCGAAAGAAUUCGAAGGAAUAAGAAAUAAAAAGAGAUAAAAGAAAUGAAUCUAAAUGAGUAAUCUACACAAAGCAGAUGUAGAUAUUCUGCUUGAUUAAGCUCGCGGGGGAGCCACGUGCCACGUGCCACGUGUAGUAGUGUAACCGCGCGCGGACAGACCUCGACGAAAUUUCAUGUUCAUGUUCGCAUUCUGAAAAUUGUUCAUUCAUUCAUUCAUUCAUUCAUUCAUUCAUUCAUAUUGACGUUCACACUUCACUUUCACUUUGCGCGCGCGUCGCAAAACAUUGUCGCGUAGCCAUAUCGAUUCGCCAUUCGAUCUUCUUGUUCUCGCGCGAUACAGCGCGAGAUGUUGAUACAGACGAUGAGCGUGAUGAAAACGAGUUAACAACUCUUUACGAGAGAUAACUUGGAUGCGGGUGGGAGCAUUAGAGCAGUCUCGCGCAGCAGUCGCGCGAGAUCGGGAACGUGACUCGGGAAAGUGUAGCGGAAACUGUGUAGUGAGCGUUUUCGCCGAGCGGUGUCGUCCGAGACACAAAGUAGAGCAUGACAACGAGUCGCGCGGACAAAUAUCACUUGUACGGGAUCACUUAUGCAAAAAAGUUGUCUCGCGCAUCGCGCGAAUAUAUUUCACAUCACGCAUGUGAUAUUGAACACGAUCAGUUUGGCCUCUCUGGGUCGGAGAGAGACCCCAGCUCGAUCGUACGUGCUUCCAAUCACAGCGCUCGAUUAAAAACGGUUGAAGGACGAAGUAACUUGUAUACGAGGAACCUUGUUGACGAAGGAAACGGCAGGUUUAAUCUCAUGGUGCUUUGUUGGGGCGAAGGUCACGGAUCAGCCAUACACGAUCAUGCCAACGCACAUUGCGUGAUGAAAAUUCUUCAAGGAAAACUGUGCGAAACGAGAUACGCGUGGCCUAACCUAACAUCCGAAACAGAAGAUAAUACGCAUACAUUGGAGGAACUGAGAGAACUCGACAGGAAUACGCUCGAUACGAACGAGAUCUGUUAUAUCAAUGAUUCCAUGGGUUUGCAUCGUGUUGAAAAUUCAAGCGCAACGAACCCUGCAGUUUCUCUGCACUUGUAUUCACCGCCAUUUUCGACGUGCUCCGUGUUCAAUAAGCAAACUGGACAAAAGUCUGCUUGUAAAGUCACAUUUUGGUCCAAAUACGGUGAACGAAGGAAUCGGGAAAUUCAAGAUACCAGAUCUCCAGAGGAUAAUUAACGGCAGCAGAGGAUAAUCAAUGUCAGUAAGGAUGCGCAAUUCACACGUUUGCGAUCGAAAGUCCAGCACAGCACAGCACAGAAACAAAUCGAAGCGUUUUGGGCAGGAAUUGGCAACAUUUUUAUACAAAUAUUAACCGAGGCAGCGAAUUUAGUUAUAUACUGUGUGUGCUUUUCCUCGUGUCGAAUCCAUUUUCGUUCUCAAGUACUUCAAUCUUUAUUUCUGACUAAGGAAUUCUCCAUAGACGGAGAGAGAGAGAGAGAGAGAGAGAGAGAGAGAGGGAGAGAGAGAGAGAGAGAGAGAGAGAGAGAGAGGGAGAGAGAGAGAUAUUUUGGUGUCAAGAUGAAUAUUUUGUUAAACGGAAAAGUAACACACGUUAUCGAAUAAAAAUGAAAGAUGCUUUGCAUUUAAUAAGCCGAGGUCAAGUUUUCCUCUUUAAAUAUGUUUAUCUCUCUUCGUUUCCCUUUUAUUCCUCUUUGGUUAUUGAUAGGAACAUUUCGUCGAGACGUUGCAUCGAAUAGUCUCGAUAGUCGUUUAGUCGUUAAAACGACAAUUAAUUGAGCCGAUAUCUUUUAGCCAAAGAUUUUCUCUUCGUUGUACACAAACGUUUCCUCUCAAGGUGCGCGAAAUUGUGCCCGCAUCGAAAAUCGAUACGAUUCUGGCGGAAUAAGUGGAAGUCGGAAGGAAACAUACGGGCUAAUGUAACGAUGAUCGCGCGGUCGGAUCUCGCACGGACGUUUUGAUGAAAUAAA